AAACAAGGUACACUCCCUUGGAAAAAUGUGUUUUGGCGGUGGUGGUAACUGUCAAGAGGUUAACUCCCUAUUUCCAAGCUCACCCAGUGAGAAUCAUGACGGACCAGCCUUUGGGAGAAGUUUUGAGGGACCCGUCCUCUUCAGGAAGGGUCAUUAAGUGGGCCAUGGUCCUCUCUCAAUAUGAUAUUUCUUACCAGCCCCGUUCUAGCAAGAAGGGCCAGGUCAUUGCCGAUUUUAUGGUGGAGUGCACGGCAAGAGGGAAACCAGAAGAGGAUGGGACCGAUCAGGAGAGAAAAAAGGAAUUAUGGGAGAUUCAUUCAGAUGGAUCCUGCACUAAAGACGAUUUAGGAGGAGGAGCGGUCCUCACCUCCCCUGAAGGCUUCAAGGCUUAUCAUUCCUUUAAGUUCACAUUUCGGGCCACCAACAAUGAAGCAGAAUAUGAGGCCCUCAUUGGAGGAAUCCAGAUUGCCCUAUUCAUGAAGAUAAAGCACAUCCGCCUUAAAUCCGAUUCAAAAUUGGCCAUCGGGCAGCUAAAAGGAGAGAUGGAGGCCAAGGAAGGAAGGUUGAAAAGAUACAGGGACUGCGCCAGGACUCUACUUGGACAAUUUGAGUCCUAUGAACUCAUAUAUGUCCCAAGGGAGGAGAAUGAAGAGGCGGAUAUGCUUGCCAAAUUAUGCAGGACCAUUCCCGUCCACAUGGAGGGUAUGGUAAGGCAGCACGAAAGGAUCUGUCCUGUUUGGGAAGAGGCGGUCCCUGUCCUUGAGAUAUCCGGUCCAG